AUGUUAAGUGGCAUCAAUAUUCAACUUACGGCCAAAGAAGACACAGUUGUUGUGUUGAAUCUGCAGGAUAUCUGCCAUGAACUCCUCUGUGCAUGUAUAGACUUUCUCAUGGACUUUCUUGCAAAUGGACGCAAAGUCCUGAUGCCGAAACACAAGGAGAUCAUACAUCCACAUCUCCUCUUCCUUGAGUCUUCCAGUGCUCAGCUUCUCAAUUUCUACUGCCUACAAAAAAAAAAGCCCUCAAUCAAGAACUUAACUACCUACAACAAGCUAGCAAAUAAGAGGAGAGAAACAAACCCGUUCCGUAAGACACCAGAAUACAACCUUGCCAAUGGGAAUGAUUCUGAAGUUGCAUUUGCAGGCAAUAGAAUUGAACCAGUGGAACUAUCUCCUUUGAUAGAUCGUAUUAUUGAAUGGGUCCAAGAAACUGUGAAUGGAAGUCUGGAUCAAUCCAAGCUCCUCCUACAUCGAAAAUGCAUUCUCUUGAAGGAUGAGGAUGGCCUAAACCAUGGUGGUGGCAGAAAUACUCUUCCUAAAGAGUCAAUACUCAGACAAGAUCUCCAAACUCCUCUUCUUCCCACCAUCACAACUUUGGGGUUUACUGAUGAACCUCCUGAUGAUAAUUCAAGUUCUACAAGCACAGCCACCCCACUUCAAAUUGAACCAACUGAGGAUAAAUUUUACAAGGAAGAGCCGAGCAACACGAAACAAAACACUAAACAUGGGGAAGUCAUGCGCGCUGCCAAGCAGGGUUGCAAUAUGUCCACCGUCUACAACGCGGUUUACAGCAACCAGGAGGGGCAAAUUGUCCUGGGCUCCUUGAGAUGUGAAUCUUUCCUUUCCCACAUGAAGCAUUUCCUGCAUGUCACUGGACACUGUGUUCCUGGUCCACGCUACACAAAUCGGUACCCUCGACCCAUGGAUAGACAGAGGGGCAUGGGAGGUGGUGGUCAGCCUGCUGGCCAGCCAUACAGGGGAGGCUUCCCCCUUCGGGGACCAUUGGACCUCAUGGAAUUUGACGGGAAGAGGUUACGGAAAAGCAUCAUGAGAAAGACCGUGGAUUAUAACUCCUCCAUCAUUCGAGUUCUUGAAAAUCGCACAUGGCAACGAGAUUUUUAUGAUAGGCGAUGGCUUCAGCCGGACAGCUGCUAUGUUCCUCAUUUGGUGACACCUGCCAAUAUGCUAGACAUGCCUUUGAAUGCAGUUACUACAAAGUUUGUGCGCACUGCUACAAACAAGAUGAGAUGCCCCAUAUUUUGCAUGGCAUGGACACCUGAAGGCCGUCGACUGGUGACAGGUGCUUCUAGUGGAGAGUUCACUCUUUGGAAUGGUCUCACAUUUAACUUUGAAACAAUUUUACAGGCUCAUGACAGUCCAGUGAGGUCAAUGAUGUGGUCACACAAUGGACUCUGGAUGGUGACUGGUGAUCACAGCGGAUAUAUCAAAUAUUGGCAGAUGAACAUGAACAAUGUGAAAAUGUUCCAAGCCCACAAGGAAGCUCUUCGAGGCAUCAGCUUCAGUCCUACGGACCAGAAAUUCGCCACUUGUUCGGAUGAUGGUACAGUUCGUGUUUGGGACUUUGCACGUUGCCACGAAGAACGCAUUUUGCGAGGUCAUGGAGCAGAUGUGAAGUGUGUGGACUGGCACCCCCAGAGAGGUCUUGUGAUUUCAGGCUCCAAGGACAGCCAGCAGCCAAUCAAACUAUGGGAUCCCAAAACUGGUCAAAGCAUUUCCACCUUGCAUGCACACAAGAGCACUGUGAUGGACCUCAAGUGGAAUGAGAAUGGAAACUGGCUCAUCACAGCAUCCAGGGAUCAUCUAUUAAAGCUCUUUGAUCUGCGGAAGUUGAACCAGGAAGUUCAAGUCUUCAGAGGGCACAAGAAAGAGGCAUCCUGCGUCUCCUGGCACCCCGUUCAUGAGGGGCUCUUUGCUUCGGGGGGAUCAGAUGGCUCGCUCAUGUUUUGGCAUGUGGGGACUGAGAAAGAAUUAGGAUGUCUGGAACAAGCACACGACAGCAUUAUCUGGGCAUUGGCCUGGCAUCCGUUAGGCCAUAUCUUAUGCUCAGGGUCCAAUGAUCAUUCAUCUCGAUUUUGGACUCGGAAUCGACCUGGAGACACUAUGAGAGAUAAGUUCAACCUGAACACACUUCCGAUUGGAGUGCUGUCCAUAGAUGAUACUUCCAUGGAGGAUGGCAAUGAUGAACUACUGGCUGUGAUUCCUGGUAUGGGUCCUGAGGAUAAACUCCCUCUAGACAUCAACAUGGGAGGAGAUGGACUCCAUAAUCAACAUGGACAUGGUGGAGACUUGGGCAUUCCCGGUCUGGAGACUGGGGAAGAUGGGAGACCCAUCAAGAAGAUGCCCUAUGCCAAGCCUAUUCCCAAGUCCUUCCAGCAAUCUUGGAAUGAAGUCCGCAAGAUGCCUCUCCUGCCAGAACCUCAUUCGUAUUCAAAAGAUGGCUCAGGUCCACCAAGAAGCUCUGGUCGAAUGCGACGCCCACCUCAAGAAUCCCAAGGGGGAAUGCCUCCAAGAAAAGGGUUGUUGGGAGAUGCACCCCAGGGUUACCCAUCAGGACAGCCAACAUCCCUUUCCAAGAAAAGGUUAAUGAAUUCAGGUGAGGACCAAGAAGAAGAUGUGGAUCAACGGGUUAACCAUUUCAGCUCGCAGCCUCAGAGUUCAAAUCAUCAUAUGGGAGGUGGAGAUACAGAUCUCCGCUCCCUGCCCACCCAACACACAGGUGAUAGGGACAUGAGGACAAGUUAUAGUGCAGUGGGUGAUCAGGACAUGCGCAGUGGCCCUAUGACCCGAGACCAGGACAUGAGAGGUGGCUCGAUGAUCCGGGAUCAAGAUAUGCGGGGUGGGUCACAGAAUCAAGAUGAGGAUUUCCGUGUUCUAUCUUCCUCCCACCGUCAGUGGAAUGAUGGCUUGAAUCAUGUGGACUCAGAUCAGCAAGAGGACUAUGACACGAGGCCACAGCCUGGCCCAAUGCGGCGGGGUCGAGGCCGUUGGGAGGGAGGGGCAGGAUAUUAUCAUGAUGGCCCUCCACGAGGGCGAGGAAUGGGAUCAAGGGGGCGUGGAGAAGGGAGACCACCGUUUAGACGUGGAAGAGAUAAGAGCCAAUAUGCCACCCAAGCCCAGCCAAAAGCAGCUUCCGGUAGGAGUGUUGGAAAGGUCGUUGCUGUGAUUGGAGCUGUGGUGGAUGUUCAGUUUGAUGAUGCAUUGCCACCAAUUCUCAAUGCCCUGGAGGUGCAGAACAGGAAGCCUCGGCUCAUCCUGGAAGUGGCGCAACAUCUCGGUGAGAGCACUGUCCGAACAAUUGCCAUGGAUGGCACGGAGGGUCUUGUGAGAGGACAGGACUGUGUUGAUACUGGGACUCCAAUUUGUAUCCCUGUUGGACCUGAGACCUUGGGAAGGAUCAUCAAUGUCAUUGGAGAACCCAUUGAUGAGAGAGGCCCUGUCAACACAGAUCUGAGGGCAGGCAUCCAUGCUGAAGCCCCAGAAUUUGUGGAAAUGAAUGUAGCCCAGGAGAUCCUAGUUACUGGUAUCAAAGUCGUUGAUCUUCUAGCUCCAUAUGUAAAGGGUGGAAAAAUUGGGCUUUUCGGAGGAGCAGGAGUGGGGAAAACUGUAUUGAUCAUGGAACUUAUUAACAAUGUGGCCAAGGCUCAUGGUGGUUACUCAGUGUUUGCUGGGGUUGGAGAGAGGACCCGUGAGGGUAACGAUCUCUACCAUGAAAUGAUUGAGUCUGGUGUUAUCUCUCUCAAGGAUAAGACAUCUAAGGUGGCCCUGGUGUAUGGACAGAUGAAUGAGCCACCAGGUGCCCGUGCCCGAGUUGCACUGACUGGCCUCACGGUUGCUGAAUAUUUCCGAGACCAGGAAGGUCAGGAUGUGUUGCUCUUUAUUGACAACAUUUUCCGCUUCACCCAAGCUGGUUCAGAGGUGUCUGCCCUGCUGGGACGUAUCCCAUCUGCUGUGGGAUAUCAGCCCACAUUGGCCACUGACAUGGGUACCAUGCAGGAACGUAUCACAACCACCAAGAAGGGAUCCAUCACAUCUGUGCAAGCCAUCUAUGUGCCCGCCGAUGAUUUGACAGAUCCUGCCCCAGCCACAACUUUCGCUCACUUGGAUGCCACAACUGUGUUGUCUCGGGCCAUUGCAGAGUUGGGUAUCUAUCCAGCUGUGGAUCCCUUGGAUUCCACCUCUCGAAUCAUGGAUCCCAAUGUGAUUGGACAUGAGCACUAUGAAGUGGCUCGUGGAGUUCAGAAGAUCCUUCAGGAUUACAAAUCCCUGCAAGACAUCAUUGCCAUCUUGGGUAUGGAUGAAUUGUCUGAAGACGACAAGUUGACUGUGGCUCGUGCUCGCAAGAUCCAGAGAUUUUUGUCACAGCCGUUCCAGGUUGCUGAGGUUUUCACUGGUCAUCUUGGAAAGCUGGUUCCAAUUGAGGAUACCAUCAAGGUCUCUCAUUUCCUUCAACAGGGAUUCAAGAAGAUCCUGGAUGGGGAAAUGGACCAUCUGCCUGAAAUUGCUUUCUACAUGGUCGGUGACAUCAGCGAAGUGGUUGCAAAAGCUGAGCGCCUUGCUGAGCAGACAGCAAUAUCACGGAAACAAGGAAAGAGUGAUGCUAAAGAGAAAGUUCAUUGGGUGGGAGGGAUCAGGAAGAAGUUACAGUGGCAGUGGUUGUGGCUUCGCUCUAACAUCCUUCAUGUCAUCCAAGAAGCACCUUGGGUGCCUGAAUGGACUUGGUUUGUUGCCUCCAUCCUCCUAGUUGGAGAAGCUAUCCUCAAUCCCCUCAUCAUCCACAAUGUCCCAUACACAGAGAUUGACUGGCAGGCGUACAUGGAGGAAGUGGAAGGGUUUCAUAAUGGGACGUGGGAUUACUCCCAGUUGAAGGGUUCUACUGGUCCUCUUGUCUAUCCAGCUGGGUUUCUCUACAUCUUCCUGGCACUUUAUUAUGUGACUAGUGCUGGAAAGAAUCUUCUUGUUGCUCAGUACAUUUUUGCCUUCAUUUACUUGGCAACUUUGGCCCUUGUCUUUAGACUCUUUGCGAAGGCAAACAAGGUCCCACCCUACAUGCUGGCAUUCCUUUGCUGCACAUCUUAUCGAAUUCAUUCCAUCUACGUCUUGAGACUCUUCAAUGACCCCAUUGCCAUGCUUUUCCUCUAUGCUGCCCUAAAUGCCUUUGUCUCAAAUAGAUGGAGUCUUGGAUCUCUCCUUGGAGUGUCGGUGAAGAUGAACGUGCUGCUGUAUGCACCUGCCCUUCUGGCUGCAUAUCUUCUUGUGCUUGGACUGAAAGAAACCAUCAGGCAACUCAUUAUCUGUGCCUCUGUUCAACUCAUACUAGGGCUGCCCUUCCUGUUGGAAAAUCCAGUGGCUUACAUCAAUGGAGCAUUUAAUUUUGGCCGAGUGUUCCUGUUCAAGUGGACGAGUUAUGCAUGUCUGCAUCAAGCCGUGAAUCUGGACAUCUCCUGCCAGCUGUUCCUCUUGCCACUUUUCACAUGCAAUUUCAUCGGAAUCUGCAUGAGCCGCUCUCUCCACUACCAGUUCUAUGUCUGGUACUUCCACACACUCCCCUAUCUAUUAUCCUGCAUUCAGAUUCGUCAUCGUGACAAGAUAGGGCUGGCAAUAGCAAAGAGACUGGCUGAGGAUGGAGCCAAAGUGAUGGUGAGCAGUCGCAAGCGUUCCAAUGUUGAUGCCACUGUUGAGAGGCUGAAAUCACUGGGCCUUGCUGUUGAGGGCACUCGGUGUCAUGUUGGACACCCUGAGCAUAGAAAAAACCUCAUUGCUGAGUGCCCUGAGGACAGCUGGGACAAGAUCUUUGAUGUUAAUGUCAAAGCAGCCUUCUUGUUGACCAAAGAAAUUGUGCCCAUCAUGGAAAAAAGAGGAGGGGGUUCCAUUGUCUUUGUUUCUUCAAUUGCUGCCUAUGAUGCCAUUCCAAUGUUGGGACCUUAUUCGGUGUCAAAGACAGCCUUGUUGGGUCUGACCAAGGCCCUGGCCAAAGAGCUUGGGUCCUCCAACAUCCGUGUGAAUGCCAUUGCCCCAGGCAUCAUCCAAACCAAAUUCAGCUCUGCUUUAACAGAGAAUGAGGAGCUGCAGCAGAAGUUCUUGGAAUCCACUGCUUUACACAGGAUAGGGACACCAACUGAAAUGGGAGGACUGGUAUCAUUCCUCUGCUCCCAAGAUGCAUCUUACAUCACAGGAGAGACAUUUGUGGCUGCUGGUGGAAUGACAUCCAAGCUGUAAUGGGGUCAUAACAAAUGUCUUCCUAUUCCAUUCCAUGGGGCUUCCAUUUUCUCUGUGCUUUUUUUCCCCCCUGUUUCUGAGAAACGUGGAAUACUGACUUGUACUCAAUUUCACCUAGCAAAAGAAGUUAUUAUGGGUUG